ACUGUUGAGGUUGGAUGUCUUAGCAACAAGUCAACAAUGGGUCGUUGCAUCAUCAAUCAGCGGUGGAUAGAGACGUGGGCCAUGACAAGAAGACCCACGUAAUUCCGAGAAGACUCACCAACCACCGGCAAAGUCACGACCGCUAUUACCGAGCGACACGCCACUCUAUAAAAAUCAGACCACCGAAAAGGGAAGUCAAGUCCCCACUUACUGCUGUGCAAAACAUGGUGCACUCCCAUCGAUGAGGAUUUAUUACAGGACAUCAACACUCAGAUACCGACAUUACAUUCCCAGCCAUCUCCAAUGUUUCUCCCACUACUAACAAUUUUGCCAUCUUACCCAGUUUAAUUUCUAACGAAUUUUGACUAUGUUUUUGGAUGGAUUUCAAGUUUCUCUUUUAUUCACUGUUGUUUUUACUCAUCGAUAAGGAAAAAAAAAAAAAAAAAAGCAAGAAAAGUUGAAGAACAGGGGGUUGUUGGUUUGAAUGGAAACAGUCAAUUAUACAAAGUAUCCACUUAGCAGACAUUAGAAACAAAACAUCAAAUCUAUUACCAUUCAUACGAAGCCUUUGUUUAUUUCCUUUUGUUGACAACUAUAAUAGCCCACACCACACUUCACUCUCCAAAGGACGACUUUUAUGAUCAGAUUCAGACGUGCCAAUAUUGGUGAGAGCAGAGUAUUGCAAUUUCUUUUCACCCUUCUUUCUCUCCACUUAUCAACCACUUUCCUUCCUACUUCCUCCACUCUUCCAUAUAAAAAUCAAUCCUUCCUUCUUCACUGAAGCACUCACAUAACAAGAGAAGAAUCAUGGCUCUUGACACAUUGAAUUCCCCAACUUCAGCUCCUCCACUGCUGGACCGUGAUGAUAUAGUCGACCUCCACUGUGUUGAGCCCUGGACCAAGAGGAAAAGAACCAAACGACCCAGAUCCGAAAACCCACCAACCGAAGAAGAAUACUUAGCUCUUUGCCUUCUCAUGCUGGCUCAGGGAACAACUACCAGAACCAUUCCCUCAGCCUCGGCUGCUUCCAGAACCUCCCUCAACCUUUACAAGUGUACGGUUUGUAACAAGGGAUUUCCAUCUCAUCAAGCUUUAGGAGGACACAAGGCCAGUCACAGGAAACUCGUUGUUGGAGCUGGAGAUCACCUCACCAUCACCACCGCCGCCACCAAGACCACUGCUGAUGUCUCCGCUGUUGCUGCCACCACAGUCACGCCGCCUAAAAAUUUACCUCUCAUGAUUAAUCGAGUUGGUAACAAGAAUCACGUGUGUUCAAUUUGUAACAAGACAUUCUCUUCAGGUCAAGCUUUAGGAGGGCAUAAGCGAUGCCACUACGAAGCUGGCAGCAAUAACAACAGCGGCAGCGAUGGUGCUAAGUUACCGAGCCAAAGUCAACGUGACUUUGACUUAAAUUUGCCUGCUGGACCGCAGGAACUAAGUACUCCCGACGUUAACCAAAGAGAUAAAUAUUCCACCGACGAUGAAGUGGUGGAGAAUCCUUGGCCGCCGGCAAAGCGCGUCGGCUGCCACGUUUGUUGAAAGUCGUAGUGAAAUAAGGAUUAGAUUCAGUUUAAGCGAAUGAUUAGAGUGGACUUUGCUGUUAUAUUUUAUUCUUUUUUCUUCAAAAAUUUUUUUGCAUGUUCAUCGUUUUUUUAUGAAUGGUUAUAUUAUUAUAUUUUAUUUGGGACAUCAGAGUUUUUAACUGCUGCAGUAAUUUUUUAUGUACAUGACAUGAGGAUAUUUAAAAAUUCUAAAA